AUGGUCCUGUUCUUGCUCCUGGUGGCCCUUCUUCUGUCCCCUACUGGGGAGGCAGGGAAGAUCAUCGGGGGCCAUGAGGCCAAGCCACACUCCCGUCCCUACAUGGCAUUUCUUCGGUUCAAGAUUUCAGGGAAACCUCACAUAUGUGGGGGUUUCCUUGUGCGUGAGGACUUCGUGCUGACAGCAGCUCACUGCCUGGGAAGCUCAAUUGAUGUCACCCUGGGGUCCCACAACAUCAUGGAACGAGAGCAGACCCAGCAGUUCAUCCCCGUGAGGAGAGCCUUCCCGCACCCACACUAUAAUGAUAAAACUUUUGAAAACGACAUCAUGUUACUGCAGCUGGCUUGGAAGGCUGACAUGACGGAUGCAGUGAGCCCCAUCAGUCUGCCCAGGAGCUUCGAGAAGCCAAAGCCAGGGAUGAUGUGCAGUGUUGCCGGCUGGGGGCGACUGGAUGUAAAUAUACCCCCUGCAGACAAACUACAGGAGGUAGAUCUUGAAGUCCAAAAGGACGAGAAAUGCAUUGCUCACUUCAAAGACUACAUCCCCAUCAUGCAAAUAUGUGCUGGAGAUCCAAACAAGAGGAAGAGUUCUUUCUUGCUCUUGCUCUCUCUGCCCACAGGUGACUCUGGGGGCCCGCUCGUGUGUGAUGGUGUGGCCCAGGGCAUUGUGUCCUAUGGAAGAGAUGAUGGGACAACUCCAGAUGUUUACACCAGAAUCUCCAGCUUUCUGCCCUGGAUCCAGACAACAAUGAGACAGUACAAACGUCAGGGAUCAGCCUGA